AUGUCUAUUCCCCCCGAAGCUCGGCAACUGCUCGAGGAGUUCAAUUUGCCUCUGGAGUUCUUGUCAGAUUCUUCUUUGAGUGAUGCUCCUAGCGAUUUUGAUUGGGAUGAGCCUGAUCUAAAACCGUCAAUUCCUGUCAUAUCAUUUCCCACGAUCCCCAAGAGCCCCUCGAAAAGUCUUCAAUGUAUCUCACUGCCCACAAACGAGAAUCCCCAAACUCCUGUGAAAAGUACGCCCCAUCUCAACCCAGAGUCAAACAAAGCCCCUCGAAUCAAACCCCCAAAGCUGUCUCCUUAUUUCCCAGCAUCAUUACCUGGUGCUGAAUCCUGUCUGCCAUUCCCGCCAAUUGAUGGACCCUCCUUCGGGCUCAUUCAAGAACAACUUGCACAUGACCCUUUCCGGUUACUUAUUGCCACUAUCUUUCUCAAUCGCACACGGGGUGGAGUUGCACUUCCCGUGCUGUUCAAGGUCUUUGGCCGCUAUCCAACAAUCGAGGAGAUGGCCGCAGCAGACGAGUCUGAAUUUGUGUCGAUCAUUCGUUGCUUGGGAUUCCAAAACCAGCGCGCAAGGAAGUGUAUUGCACUCGCACAACUAUGGCUUACAAACCCCCCACACAAAAACAAAAGAUAUCGCAAACUACACUAUCCGCGCAGACUGGACGGCCGAGAUGUUGGGCGUGACGAAUGCAUCAACGAAGAAGACCUACGAGUUGCCUGGGAGGUUGCACAUUUGCCUGGAGUUGGAGCCUAUUCACUCGACAGCUGGCGUAUUUUCUGCCGCGACGAAUUGCGUGGCAAAGCCUCUGACUGGCAGGGAACUGGUGCGACAGAAAUAGGAUUUGUGGCUGAGUGGAAGUGUGUCCUGCCCCAAGAUAAAGAGCUACGGGCAUACCUGUCAUGGAUGUGGCUCAAGGAAGGCUGGAUCUGGGACCACAACACGGGCGAUCUGACCCCUGCCAGCGACAAGAUGAUGAGAGCUGCUCACAGUGGAGGAGUCGCUCAUGAGCAAGAUGGCAAUUGGGUGCUGGAGACGUCCCCUGUCAAGGCGAUGAAUGGAUUACAUUGUGAAUAG